AUGCAGUCAGAUGACUUUUUUGGAAGAACAUUUAAGACUGUUAAUAGCAGCAUGGGUCCAUCUUCAACAGUAAAUGCCCUGGGGAAAGUUGAUACUAAUGGACAGAACAAUGGAACACCAGCAAUGCCCAAAAUGGGUGUAAGGGCAAGAGUUUCUGAAUGGCUGCCAAAAAAGGAUUCAGUAGAAGAAAGGUGCAGCAAAAUGUCAUUAAAAUAUCGAACUCGAUUAAGUUAUGAGAGCAUUUCUUUAAGUUCAGAUGGAAAAAAUGAACAGACUGAUAUGAACGAGAAACCUUUUGAUCCAGAAUUGUUGCAGAUUAAAUAUUUAAAUGGAGAUGUCUUUUGUCAUUCACCUCACAGGGGGCUAUUACAUCCUAUAAGGCAGAGAAGUAACAGUGAUGUUACCAUCAGCGAUACUGAUACAGAUGAUAUUCUUGACCAAAAUGCUGUUAAUCCAAACACUGGAGCAUCUCUACAUCGAGAAUAUGGGAGUACAUCCUCAAUAGACAGGCAGGGUUUGUGUGGAGACAGCUUGUUUGCAAUGAUCAAAGGUUAUAGAAUGGACAAUAUGGACCAAGCAAAUCUGACGCAGUUUUCUGAGGUUUUCCAUUACGAUGCUGCUGUUUCUACAAGUAUGCGCUCUGCUGGACAAGUUUCUAGGAGUCCCUUUGUUAGCAUUUCAGAUUUGGAUUAUUUGGACAGCUCUUUGUUGGCUGGGAAAAAAAGAGACCGGCUGUUUAAGAAAUAUUUGAGAACACAGUCUUUUGAGCCCGCUCUGUUUCAGCAGCAGAGAAGUGUAUCAAGCGAGCCUGAUGUUUUAAAGUGCUCCUUUGACGUUGAAGAUGGUAGCUUUGAAAAGAGUAUGCAUCCGUGGACAUGUGAAAAAAGUUUUGCCCACUAUGACGUACAAAGCAUUUUGUUUGAUGUCAAUGAAGCCAUGGAAACUCAGGCUAACAUUGCAAAAAGAAAAAAUAUAACCACGGGGGCAUCGGCAGCAUCGCAGUCCUCUAUAGCUGGAAGCCAGUCUGGGGGCUGCGACUCUGCUGUAGACAACAAAGAGGAUCCUGACACUAAAACCACUCUGGAAACUGAUGAAGGUGACGGUAAAAGCAACGAUAUUAUUUUGAGCUGUCCAUACUUCAGAAAUGAGAUCGGAGGGGAAAAUGACAGACAGAUUGCCCUUUCAAGGGCAAAUUCUCUUGCCUUGACUACAGGUGAAAUGUGUUCCUUUGAAUCAUCACUCAGUUCUCACUGUACUAAUGCUGGUGUCUCUGUUCUUGAAGUGCCAAGGGAGAACCAACCUAUUCACAGAGAAAAAGUGAAGCGUUACAUCAUAGAGUACAUUGACCUUGGAGCAUACUAUUAUAGAAGGUUCUUUUAUGGAAAAGAGCAUCACAAUUACUUUGGAAUAGAUGAUCAUUUGGGACCUGUAGCGGUCAGUAUCCGCAGGGAGAAGGUGGAAGGGAUCAAAGAAAAAGAAGUGUCUCCUUUCUGUUACCGAAUUGCUUUCAGAACCAGUGAGCUUACAACUCUCCGGGGGACAGUUUUAGAAGAUUCAGUGCCAUCAACAGCAAGGCAUGGUUUAGCACGUGGCCUUCCUCACAAAGAAGUGCUUGAAUAUGUCAUACCGGAGCUUAAUGUGCAGUGCCUUCGACAAGCUCUGAACUCUCCAAAGGUCCCAGAGCAACUACUCAAACUAGAUGAACAAGGGCUGAGCUUUCAACACAAAGUUGGCAUUCUGUACUGCAAAGCAGGACAGAAUACAGAAGAGGAGAUGUACAAUAAUGAAACUGCAGGGGCGCCUUUUGAUGAGUUUCUCGAUCUCUUGGGACAACGUGUACGUUUAAAGGGAUUUAAUAAAUACAGAGCACAACUAGAUAAUAAAACUGACUCUACAGGAACACAUUCCCUUUAUACAACUUACAAGGAUUAUGAACUCAUGUUUCAUGUCUCUACAAUGCUACCAUAUAUGCCCAAAAACAGACAACAGCUGCUAAAACACCGGCACAUGGACAAGGAUCUUCUCCAAAUAUCACUUUAUUUUAAUUCAAUCCGUGAUCUGAAAAGCAGAGAUGUUGCUGUUUCAAGGUCAAAAGAUGUUCCAUCUUUUGGUCCACCUUUACCCAAAAGUGUGACAUUUCCCAAAUCAGCUGUUUUCAGGGAUUUUCUUCUUGCCAAAGUGAUCAAUGCAGAGAAUGCAGCACACAAGUCAGAAAAGUUUCGAGCAAUGGCUACAAGAACACGACAAGAAUACUUGAAGGAUCUGGCAGAAAACUUUGUUUCAACAGCUACUGUUGAUAGUUCAGUAAAAUUUAGUUUCAUCUCGCUUGGAGCCAAAAAAAAGGAAAAGGUGAAACCAAAAAAAGAGGCUCAUUUGUACAGCACAUGUGCUAUUGUUUGGAAUGUUAUAGCCCGGGACUUUGGACUUUCUUCUGACAUUGAAUGUUUUCUUGGAAUAUCCAAUGAGUUUGUGGUCCUUGUUGAGAAGGAAUCCAAAAAUGUGGUUUUUAAUUGCUCUUGUAGAGAUGUAAUUGGCUGGACAUCUGGAUUAAUGACCAUCAAACUAUUUUAUGAACGAGGGGAAUGCAUUGUUCUGUCUUCCACAGACAAUUGUGCUGAAAGUGUUCAAGAGGCUGUUCAAAGACUGGAAAUAGUCACUAGGGGCUGUGAAACCAAAGAAAUGAUUCUGAGGAGGAACAGUCUCGGUCAGCUUGGCUUUCAUGUAAAUUUCGAAGGAAUUGUUGCUGAUGUGGAACCAUUUGGGUUUGCAUGGAAAGCUGGGUUACGGCAAGGGAGCCGUUUGGUUGAAAUUUGCAAGGUGGCAGUGGCAACUCUGACUCAUGAACAAAUGAUAGACUUUCUUCGUACUUCAUCUACAGUAAAAGUGGUGAUUAUACAACCGUUUGAAGAUGGCUUGCCAAGAAGGGGUUUUUCAGAACUCUGCCGAAUGCCAGUGGUGGAAUAUAAAGUUGACAAUGAAGGCACGCCGUGUGAAUAUAAAACGCCCUUCAGACGCAAUACUACUUGGCACCGUGUGCAGACUCCAGUCGGACAGCUUAAUUCUUGUGCCUCUCCAGUUUUAGGAAGUACUGACAGGUUGCAGUGCCAGCAGUUUCUUCAACAAUCACAGGCCGGUAUUCCUCGUAGCACAUCUUUUGGCAGGAAGAUGUCAGACAGUACAAGGCCAAUUCAAGAUAUUGAAGGUCCGCAAAUAUCCCAGGGCCAUAUUAAUGAUGCAAACCAGCAUUACAGAAGUUCACCAAGUAACCAGUCUUCCUCCAGUGACCCAGGGCCUGUUGCAAGUGUUCAAUGGAGACAUCAUAUAGGAUUUGAUGGGUGUCAGUCACCAAUAUUACAUGGAAAUCAAGAAUUUGUUUCAACAGAAUGUGAAAUAAUUGGAGAUUGUGAAGAGAAUUUGGAUGCCCUCAAACAUUCUGAACACUGGCUUAUGUCACCGGAUAAAAUGAUUGGUUCCUUUAAAGAAAAGACUGUGCAGAAAGAAAGCAAGAUAUCUCCAAACAGACAUUUACAUAUUACAGAUCGGAGUUGUUUGACCCAUUCAAGCAGUAAUACUCUUUCCAGCAGUGCAUCUAGCAAUAGUGAUGAGAAGUCAUACUGUUCUGGAGACCUCAUGGACCCUGAAUUACUUGGCUUGACAUAUAUCAAAGGAGCCUCAACAGACAGUGGGAUUGAUACAGCACCAUGCAGCAUGCCCUCACAAGCUAUGGCUUCAGUACUUCAUACAAGCAGCAGAUCACACCAUAUAGCAGAACAGAUGGUUCCGUGGAACAACUCCUCAGAGGAUGCAGUACCAGAUAAUGACCAUGGAAACCUAUAUUAUGUCCACAGUUACACAGCAGAUGGAAGCAUUGGAGAUUUUAGUGAGUUGUCCUCACAUUCCAGUGGGUCACGUCAUUCAGGAAGCCCUUCAUCACAAUGUCCUAAAAACAGUGGAACACUGGAUACUUCAAAAGUGUACAUUGUUCCCCAUUCUGGCACACAUAAGAAAUCUUUCCAAAGGCAAGAGUCUAUGAGCAAAUAUGUAAUUGGAUGGAAAAAGUCAGAGGAUACUUCUCCUGGGGAAUGUGAUACAGAAUGUCAGGGUGAAGAGGACUUGUCUUCAUCCAGUUUGCUACAGAAUUCAUGCGUAGAGGAUGAAAAUGAGCACCAGCAUGUCUUGCCAAAGGAAGAUUUCUUGAAAAUGAUGUUGUCUGACAGUUCACGUGCUGAAGAAGAAAAAACAAAGUACUCAGCUUAUGGAAGUUUGUCACCGAGACCUUCACUUUACCGGACGCUUUCAGAUGAAAGUAUAUGCAGUAACCGCAGGGGGCAUGUCUAUGCCAGCUCUCAUAGUUCAUUAAUUGACCAGGUUUCAACAAAUGACAUAUUGUUUAGCACGACACCCCCAUACAGAAGUACACCUCCUAUUUUGAAUGAUUUGAACACUGCCAUGGCAAAUCUAAAAAAAGACUUUUGGUUUUCUGAUGGGUCACUCUCCGAUAAGUCAAAACUUAAUGAUCCAGAUAUAUUACCCCUUCCGCAAUCAGCAACAGGCUUGGAUUGGCCACGACUUGUAAAUGCUGCAAGAGCCUUUGAAGAUCAAUGCAUGGAAUCAUUUUGCACUUUAAAUGACAUGGAGUACGGACAGAGCUUUAAAGCAUCUCAAACACAAUCUUCUGGCUCCCACUCUGUAAAUGAGAAAGACUAUGGUGAUGCUGCUGGGCAGAGCUCUGCACUCACUGGAAAAGUAAACCAACUUGAAGUCAUUCUGAAAAAGCUACAAACAGAUCUUCUUAAAGAAAAAGAGCACAAGGCAAUGUUACAGGCUGAAGUGCAUCAUUUGCGUCAACAUAACAUAAGGCUUCAAGAGGAAUCCCAAACCGCUUCAGCUCAGCUACAUAAAUUUACAGAAUGGUUCUUCAGCUCGGUGGAGAAGAAAAACUAAUUUUUUUUAAAUAAUAUGUACAUUUACACUGAC